AUGCUCGACCUCGUCAAGUCAUACACUGCACAGGAAUCUGAGGCUCAAGGACAAUUUAGAGCAAUGGGGAAAGCACGUUUGCUAAGGAUGCGCUAUUAUGGCGGAGAUGAGGCACACUGGGGCCCAGUCGCAAUGGCAUAA